AUUCAUCUUCCGUCUAUUCCCUCAUAACCUCUUUCACAACUCCAUCACAAUGAGCUUCUACCGUACCGCCGAUAACAUCCGCGUCGAAGACGACCACUGGCUGGUCGCUAACGUCGCCAACGAAGAGGGAGAGAUGGUGGAAUCUAGAUUCGAUCUCAACUCUUGCAUUGGAAACGACGAGGGUCGCUUCCUGUGGGGCGGCAACGACUUCGCUGGCAGCGCCGGAGAGAUCAGCUUCGCCAUCGAGGGCGAGGACAAUGUUCCCGUUUUGAGAGCUAAGCUCUCCAACUCCGAGGGCGAGCAGUUUGACGCUGAUGUCAAUCUGGCCGAGCACAUCACCAACGACAACGGUGAGCUGAAGUACCAGGAGGAGUCCCUGUUGUAAGGGCGGAUUGUAUCAUUGAGUGUAUCAUGGCAGACAGGUAUCAUGUCUUGAUAAUUUUAUGUGGAACUAUAUGAAAUACCAUUACCUCUGAACAAGCAGCAUGCUUCUAUCCCAUGAUAGAGUUUUUGUUUCUACCGCUUGCUUCAGUUGAACUUUCGUCUAAUAUUGUUAAGAUUGCC